AUGGGGCCGCCACUACCGCUCCUCUGGGCGCUGAGCGGACUUCUUUGUGCCGCCGCUGCCGGAGAAGCUCGCGGGGCGCGGAGCUGCGCGGAAAGCCGGCAGGCGCUGGCGAGCCGCGGCUUCUCUCUCGCCUCGGUCCCGCCCACCCUCAUCUCGGGAGAGCACCUUCGCAUCUGUCCCCAGGACUACACGUGCUGCGCCAGCGAGACGGAGGAACGGCUGAGCGAGCAAGGGCAGACGGAGCUCCGGGCGCUCUUGGGGGAGACGGGCGCCUUCCUGCUCAGCACCUUGAGCUCUCGCCAGCAGCGCUUUCAGGACUUUUUCCAGGAGCUUCUUGCUGGAGCUGAGCGGUCCCUGCAGGCCAUGUUUGCCCGUUCCUACGGGCGCCUUUAUUUGCAGCACGCCCGCCUCUUCCAGGGACUAUUUGUGGAGUUGCAACAUCAGCUGAAGGGGUCUCGGCCCAGCCUAGACGAGGCCCUAAGUGACUUCUGGUCUCAGCUUCUGGAGCGGAUGCUGCCUCUGCUUAACCCCCAGUAUAGCUUCCCAGAAGGGUACCUGGAGUGUGUGGGGCGCCAGGUGGAAAGCCUCCGUGCCUUUGGAGACAGCCCCAACCAGCUCCGGGUGCAGGUAUCUCGGGCUUUCCUUGCUGCUCGGGUCCUUGUUCAGGGCCUGGGCACAGGGCGGGACGUCGUUGCUCAGGCGGUGAAGCUGUCUCCCACUGGAGAGUGUCUACAGGCACACAUGCGCCUCUCCUUCUGCCCCCUGUGCCGUGGACUUCCAGCCCUCAAACCUUGCCACGGAUUCUGCCUCAACGUCAUGAAAGGCUGCCUGGCGAGCAUCACAGAGAUGGACGCCGAGUGGGGGCGCUUCCUGGAUGCACUGACCCAACUGGCAGAACAACUCACUGGACCCUUCAAUUUUGAGUUGGCGGCUGAUUCCAUUGCGGUGAAAAUUUCAGAGGCCAUAAUGUACCUGCAGGAACGCAAUAUACAGACAUCGGCUAAGGUGUUCCAGAGCUGUGGCAACCCACGUCCGACUCCCGCCCGUUCCCGACGUGACCCCCAGGAAGGAAGCAGGCACCACUUUCACGUCUACCCGCCAGAGGAGAAGCCAACCACCGCAGGGGGGACCAACUUGGACCGGCUGGUGCUGGAUUUGAAGGAAAAGCUUCGUCUGAUGAGGCGCUUCUGGGCCCUCCUGCCCCACACUCUCUGCAGCAGUGAGAAGAUGGCGGCUGACAUGGCAAAUGAGGACAGUUGCUGGAAUGGUCAGACACGGGGCAGGUAUCUCCCAGAUGUGACAGCUGAUGGACUGGUGAACCAAAUCAACAACCCAGAAGUGGAGGUUGACAUUUCACAACCCGACCUUCUAACCCGGAGACGUCUCCUGGCUCUGCGCAGUGUGGCCUCGCGCCUGCUGGGGGCAUGCCAUGGGCAAGACCUCGACUUCCAGGACACGGAUGACGAUGCCAUUAGUGGCUCAGGUGCUGGAUAUCACGAAGACCGGCCAGCCUCCCCGAGACCAUAUGGCUCCUCUAGUCUCAUCCUCCAUUCUACAUAUCUAUCUGAUUUCCCCAACUUCAAACCACAGUAG